GAGAAAAUGAAACGACGUAGAAGUGUUCGAAGUUUCAGUACGCGUCCUGUAUCACCCAAAUUGAUUUUGAAUCUUAUAAAAACAGCAGGUACGGCUCCAAGUGGCGCAAACUUACAACCGUGGACGUUCUGUGUGAUCGGUCGAUCGGAGAUUAAGGCACGUAUUAGAGCAAUUAUUGAAUCUGCUGAACAAAUUAAUUACACUCGGAGCAAUUAUUUUCAAAUCAAACAUCUCAUCACAAAUGACUUUCACCACUUGAAAUAU